AUGGCUUUUCGAAUUGGAGCCGGGUUUGCUCGGUUCAUUCCGAUGAUCGGUUACCACCAUGUGCUGAUGAUUAUUAUUGCCGUUGCUAUCAUUCUCCUCUCCCUGCUAUUGGCUGGUUGCUCGUCAUCCUCUCCGCAAAUACCGAGCAUAUUCUUGAUUUCCAUGUACUAUAAGCGCUACGAUCCAGUAUUCAACCUCGCGCAAGUGGACCCCGGCGUGGUGACCGCAAUGGCAAAUAUUGUGGGUGGGGCGGAAAUGGAGGUUCGUGUGGGUUAUUUUGGAAUCUGUGUGCAGCCGACUGGUGGAUCUUACAUCUGCAAUUCGAAUGCGACAGCUCUGGCGGAGAUCGUUACGGUCGACCAAGACCCGCUGAACCUGAUCUGGGUGGCUUCGACUUUUAAAGAUGCCGUGGUCUUCCCCUAUUUAUUGAUCAUUGCCGUUAUUCUCGCCUUUUUCUGCUUUAUUCUCCUCGCCACUUUUCCUGGAUGGCACGAGGAGAUUGAUGCCAGCGGUUCCGAGCGAGAGGUGAAGCCAUUCCCUUCACGGCCUGUGUCGCAAGCAGCCUUGGCCCUUAUUUUUGUGGCGUCUGUCUUCGUCCUUGUCUCGGUACUAUGGCAACAUACAGCGUCCGUUGCUGCGAGUACGAUUGCCCAGGACAUGGGUAAUGGUAGUGUAAGAAGUGGAGUAGGCACUUCUGCGAUGGUUCUGGGCUGGUUUGGAUUCGGACUUAUGGUCGUCGUCACUAUCGGCCUACUGGUCAUGAUCCUCAGCAUAAAGUUGAUAAGGCAGUUGACGGAUGAAGAAUAG